GCCGCAUAUGUCGGGCCCCAAAUGCUUUCAGCUGCUGUCUCUGGGAAUAUCUUUGCUUCACCCUCAGUGACCGCAAUUUUAGCUGGAAUUCGUAGGAUUCAAUCGCCUCAUGGUACAUUGUUGAUUGUAAAAAAUUACACCGGCGAUUGCUUAAAUUUUGGUUUGGCUGCUGAGCGUGCAAAAAAUGAAGGUAUCAAGGUUGACAUGAUCAUUGUGGGUGAUGAUGUUAGUAUUGGUAGAAACAGCGCUGUUGGUCGACGGGGUUUGGCAGGGACAGUUUUGGUGCAUAAGGUUGCGGGAGCUGUGGCUGCAUCAGGUGGAACCCUUGAAGAAACAAAAUCAAUAGCUAGUUUAGUGGCUGAAAAUGUCGGUACUAUUGGUGUCGCUUUUGACCAGUGUAAAAUUCCUGGUUUUCAAAAAAUCCCAAUUCCACCUCCUCGUGACCUUGUUCAUAAAAUGUUAGACACAAUAUUAAAUACAGAAGAUCCUGAAAGAUCUUUUUUAGAUAUUCAUCCGGAGAAAAAUUCGAUUGUUUUACUUGUCAAUAACCUUGGUGGUCUUUCUACAUGUGAAUUAUUUCGUUGUACCUACGACGCAGUAUCAUACUUAGAUCGCGAUAUAAUACAAAUGUUGGAUCAGCAUGUGGAAGCUCCGGGUUGGAUUAAUCGAAUUUAUCUCGAUCAUUCUAGUCUGGACACGAAAUUAGACGAACAAAUAUCCAAUUCAAGUAUAAAGACAUCUGAUGAUAAAUAUUCCCAGACUAUUCUUUGUGGUAAAUAUUCUCAAAUUUUUGAAUCGACUCUGAAUUUUGUAAGUAAUGCGAUGAUUCAGGCUGAACCUGAUAUUACUCAAUAUGAUAAGGUUGUUGGAGAUGGUGAUUGCGGAACUACUAUGAAGAAUUGCGCAAUCGCAGUUUUAAUAGUAAUUCCCAAUAUUGGCAGAUAUGGUUUUGUUCUUUUAGACAUUAUAAAGGCUUUGGAAGAACGCCAGAUUGUUUCUCACGAUCCUGUUGAAGCAACUGCGCAAAUUGGCAACAUUUUAGAAAAACAAGGGGGAACAAUAGAAACACUUGAAAAUUAUACCCCUGCUAGAACUGGUGAUCGUACAAUGAUGGACGUAUUAAUUCCAUUUAUCGACACUUUUUCAAGCAGUUUGGACUCUGAAGAUAACGUCUUAAAAGCUUUAAAACUGGCAGUAAAUUUGGCUAAAAACCAUGUGGAGUCUACCAAAUUUUUAAAGCCCAAGUUUGGUAGAUCAACUUAUAUUUCUUAUGAUGAUAUCAAAAAUUCUGGUGUUCCUGAUCCUGGCGCUUUUGUUGUAUAUCAGAUUGUUAAAAGCAUUUAUGAUAAUUUGCAACUUAAUCUAUAA